CAGCAGCAGCAGCAGCAGCACUAUAAGCAGCACCAGCAGCACUACUGCGGACGGGAGGAAGAGCGCUCCAUCAGGCACUGCACCUGCAACAGCUCCUCCACCUGCGAGGAUGCCAGAAAAAGCAAGCCUUUGCACGGGACGCCGCUGGGAACUUUAAGGACACCGUCCGUCUCAUCUUCAACCAGGCAAGGCGCUCAGUACAGCGAGUUCACGCCCUCUAGUCAUGGUAGUUCAUCCAGACACCAUCAUCUCCACCAUCAUCAUCCUCAUCGCGAGCUUAACCGGCAGCAAAUUCGGGGCAGUCCGGCCAGCAGCCACCGAGAGAGUAACUCUUACACCCAAAUAGCCAUGAGCAGCUGCAGAUACAACGGCGGCGUGAUGCGGCCGCUCAGUAACUUGAGCUCGUCCCGCAGAAACCUGCACGAGUUUGAUUCGGAGUCCCAGCCGCUGCAGCCCGUCUCUGCGGCGGACGCGUCCGACGCGCUCGCCUCCAAGCCGGAGAACAACUCCACCACCCUCAUGCCUUACUCGGCGGGGGACGGCGGAGGCGGAGGAGGUGGAUGUAGCCACAGCGGCGGCAAAUCGGGCAAAAAGAAGAACCAGAACAUUGGACAGAAGCUCGGACACAGGAGGGCCCUGUUUGAGAAAAGAAAGCGUCUGAGCGACUACGCGCUCAUCUUUGGGAUGUUUGGCAUCGUGGUGAUGGUCAUUGAAACUGAACUCUCGUGGGGAGCCUACGGAAAGGAGUCACUGUAUUCUUUAGCCCUAAAAUGCCUGAUAAGCCUUUCUACAAUCAUUCUUCUUGGGUUGAUUAUCAUAUAUCAUGCCAGGGAAAUACAGCUGUUCAUGGUGGACAACGCUGCAGACGACUGGAGGAUAGCCAUGACCUACGAGCGCAUCUUCUUCAUCUGUCUGGAGAUCUUGGUGUGCGCCAUACACCCCAUCCCGGGCAACUACACCUUCACGUGGACGGCACGGCUAGCCUUUUCCUACGCACCGUCCAAGACGGACGCCGAUGUGGAUAUCAUCCUGUCCAUUCCCAUGUUUCUCCGUCUGUACCUCAUUGCUCGUGUCAUGCUGCUGCAUAGCAAACUCUUCACCGAUGCUUCGUCACGCAGUAUCGGUGCCCUCAACAAGAUAAACUUCAACACACGCUUUGUCAUGAAGACCCUCAUGACUAUCUGUCCUGGGACAGUGCUGCUGGUGUUCACCAUUUCUCUGUGGAUCAUCGCCGCCUGGACUGUGAGGGCGUGUGAAAGAUACCAUGACAACAUGGAUGUAACCAGCAAUUUCCUUGGAGCCAUGUGGUUGAUCUCAAUAACUUUUCUAACCAUUGGAUAUGGGGAUAUGGUCCCCAAUACAUACUGUGGGAAAGGAGUCUGUCUCCUCACCGGCAUUAUGGGUGCAGGAUGCACUGCUUUGGUGGUCGCUGUGGUCGCAAAAAAACUGGAAUUAACCAAAGCCGAAAAACAUGUACAUAACUUUAUGAUGGACACCCAGCUGACAAAAAGGGUGAAAAACACAGCUGCUAAUGUUCUCAGGGAGACGUGGCUCAUUUAUAAAAACACCAAGCUGGUGAGGAAGAUGGACCACGCCAAAGUCAGGAAACAUCAACGCAAGUUUCUUCAAGCCAUCCACCAACUCAAAACAUCAUGUAUGACCUGGUCUCGGACCUGAACGAGCGGGGCGAGGACAUGGAGAAGAGGAUUGCACUGCUGGAGACCAAACUGGAGACAUUGCUUAGCAACUUACAGGCACUUCCAGGCCUCAUCAGUCAGGUGAUCAGCCAGCAACACCGGGACUUCCUGGAGGUGCAACUCCAGCCAUACGACAAACACAGUCACGAGCGCUCGCAGUCCGUCUCCCGGCGCCGAUCGUCUUCCACCGCGCCGCCCACUUCCUCCGAGAGCAGCUAGAGCUGCCAGCCCAGCCAGCGUCUCCGGAGAAGACUUUCGCCAUCAUAUGGCCAAGUUGCAUUUUGCUGUAAAGCCUUAUGGUUUCAAUAAAGUAUUAUUCAAAUUCUGAUGACACCAUCAGAGGUUAUCGGGGAUAAUGCGGUUGAAAUGGGAACUUCCACACAUAUCUUGUUGAUUUUUUUUUUUUACCUCAAAUGAUGCUGUUUCUCUGUUGACAGAAUCACAGAGAGACUUUUCUCAGUAACUAAUAAUGGAAAGAUGGGGCUAUCAGGUGAGCAAGUCCUUCUGGGGGACUUAAUUCAGGAAAGCAAUGUGACGACCUCAAACGGCACCAAAUAGUGCCAGACUAGUGCUUCCUACUGAUUUGUCUGUCUCAACGUUUGUGAAUGAGAUCUGACCUGUUCUUUGAAUCAACAGGCAUUAAUAACUCUUUAUUGAGGAACUAAUAGCAUGUCUGAACCCAAGACAGGGGCAGAUGAGGAAUGCCUCCCCUUCCUGUCCAAUGAGCGAAACCUUAGAUUCACACUCUCAAAAGAAAGCCUAUAUCUUUUAGGUUCGAAACGGCAUCAGCUGUAGUGUUUUUCUGUUGUAAGCCCUCUAAAAGUGACUAUUCCGGGGGCCAUGUUGCAAACAAUUUACUCCUCUCGAAUUGAAUGCAUCUGAAUCUAUACUUGCACUUUUUAUCAAUGCACUUCAACGCUUACUGACUAUAAUAUGAAUUUAUGUUGCUCAUUAAAAUAGAAAGACACCUUUAGUCAUAGGAUAAUGGCCAGAAUGUACAACGAUAAUGAUUGUGUAGGCUACAGCAAGGGCAGCAAAUGAGACCUCAAAUGAAAUGACUGUGCUUACAAUGUAGAUGUUCGAUGGCUGCUGAUUUUGCACCAACGUCUCCAUUAGUUCCAACGGCGAUUGACGUAUCUUUAUGGAGUAGCUGAGAGGAAACUCUCUCGGUUCACUGUGUGCUUUACGCUUAAACGGUCUUCAAAACAAGACAAGGUCUACCGGAUGCUAUUUAUAGACGUAGAUCUGUUUGAGAGCAGCAACAAUCUUGUAUAUGUUUGAAAAUGCCUAUUUUUGUAUAUUAACGAGGACAAGCACACCUCCAAAUGCAUAUGUCUUUCUCAAAAUGAUGUGUGGUAAAGAACUGUAUUUGAGUGUGGAAGUGGAAUGUAGAACCAAAGCUUUCAAAAUGGGUAGAAAGAAAGGAAACGGUUGGUCCUCUGGACGAUCUUAAGAUUUCCCAGUAAGCCGAACCGUACCGUAAUGGAUUUCUCUGGGAUGGCCCUGUGAAUUCAGCCUCAGUUUUUCUGGUGUUAAAGGUCAAACAAAUCCACAGCACAAAUCAAAAUAAAGGAGUUCCGUGCUUAUUUUCCAAUCAAUCGGUCUCAUGCCAUUCAGAAUGUAAACACAAAUGUCUGUCUGAUGCAAAGAAUUGAUUACCACAAAGAGAGAUUAUGACCGGUUCACCAUAUUCUUCUAUCAUUUAUUGAUAGCAUGUUAUUGAUAGAUCUGCACUUUAGAUUCUAAAGAUAUAUGAUGGGUUCAUGUUGGAUAUAUUGAUGCAUUUCAUAACCUGGCCCAGCUACAACACAUCCCGGGGUGUAAUGUCAUUAAAGGGUUACAGAACCUAAAGAAACAAUGGAUCCAGUUUCACCAACAUAGAAACUAUGAGUGAUUAAAU